UUGUGUAUUCCCUUUCCUUUUCCAGUUGCAUUCCUGCCGACUUCUUUCACCCUCCAGGCUCACUCACAGUCUUUUCUUUUGGUCCCACUGGAUGAAGAGUCCCACCUGUGCAAGUUGGUCUGGCAGCUCCUGCCCCCUCAGUGAUUCGGCCCAACUUACCUCCUCCCUCCAUGUGCCCAUAAACUUUCUUCCCCUAGUCCCUUAACUGGCCUACUGCUGUUAGGCAAUUCUAGGUCUCUCUACCUAAUUUGGUCUUGCUCCGUCACUGCUCAGGGAGAUUUUAACCAUCCUUCAGAGCUUGAGUCAAACUUACCCCUUCCAUAAAAGGGACAUUUCUCCGUUCCUUUCCUGAAUUACUACGUCAGCCUCUGAACCCCACAGGGCUUCUCUGCAGUUCUCAUUCUGUCUCACCAUCACUUCUAACCUCCUCGAGGUUCAGGUCCAGGUCAUGCCUGGACAUGCCCACACUCUCAACACCCAUCUCAGGCAGCCGCUCCUGCAAGUUUCAGAGGGCUAGUCCCUUCCUUCUCUCUGAGGCUGUUACCACAUCAGCAAGAUGGGGCUAAGAGCAACCUCCUCCUUGGGUUUCUGCGCGCAUUAAGCGAGGCGGGGCAAGGAAACCGCUGGGCAGCGCCUCGCUAGUGGGGUGGGAGCUCGCGUGGCCCCUCCGCAACGCGAGUCCGCGCGGGGACUCCUGGGAUUUGUAGUCCGUGCCCGAGUUGCAGUCUCGCAGGCCCAGCAAAGACACCCUCGGGCUCGGCUGGGAAGGUGGCGGGGGCCUGCGGGACGCAAGGCGCUGGGCCCGGGGCCGGCCCCGGGCGGGGAUGGGGCCGAGCGAGGGCAGCCGAACUGGCCCUGCCGCUGCUGCUGGGGCAGCUGCUGGCGCUCACAGGCGGCGGAGACGCGUUCUACCUCGAGGUCAGCGAGCUGGAGGAGAAGUGCUUCAUCCAGGAGAUCCCCGAUGGCACAGUGGUCAUAGGUAACUACAAGACCGAGCUAUACGACCCUGCUAUGGAAAAGUACCAGCCCUCCCCGCAGUGGAUCAAUUUGUUCGUGUUUGUGAAGGACCCCGAGAACAAGAAUCUGCUGGCUCGUCAGUAUGGCCCUCGGGGCAGCUUUACCUUCACUUCUCAGUCUCCCGGAGAGCACCAGAUAUGCCUUCACCUCGAGUCCAUCCGGUUCGCCCUCUUCUAUGAUGGCAAGCUGGCCAUUCACUUGGACAUGCAGUUGGGUGAACACACCAAUGAUUAUACGGAACUUGCAGCCAAUGACAAGCUGACCCUGCUGCAUCUGCGCAUACAGCAACUGGUGGAGCAAGUGGAGAAGAUCCAGAAGGAGCAGGAGUACCAGAGGUGGCGAGAGGAGCGCUUCCGGCAGACCAGCGAGAGCACCAACCAACGGGUGCUGUGGUGGUUCAUUCUGCAGACCUUCAUCCUUGUGGCCACUGGCAUCUGGCAGAUGCAGCACCUCAAGAGCUUCUUUAAAGCCAAGAAGUUGGUGUAGAUGAGCCCCAGAGACCAGAGGCUUAGCCCCCACUCAUUCCCCUUCUGCUGAAUAAUGGGAAGUGGCCUGGCCUGGUCUGUCUCCUGGCUUCUCCCACCCCUCCCAACCCUGAGGGACUUCCUUGUUACUGGUGUGUGUGGGGUGGGGGACAGAGGACCUCUUUAAACUGGUUUCUGAGCCAGGACUUGGGAGAGGAUGGGUUUCAAGCUGGAGACAUAUGGGUGGGAGGAGCUGUAGGCUCCUUUGCUGCUCUGUGAGACUGAGCAGGAGCGGGGUGAGUGUUACCCCAACCCCCACAUUAAACAGGAUGGGUGAACUAAGAGUGAAUAUAAAUUAUAACUGUCAAAUUUUCUGACCUAAA